GGCUCAUGUUCCGCGACCUGAACAUGACUUGUCUUCCAGUGCAAGAGUGUAUGCCUUCAUAACCGCCUCUUCUCUUGCCCCCCCUCGCUCUAUCUUCUCUCGACUACUCUUUAUCCCCAGAAAUGGCGGACCAGGACCUUUCACUUUCGACUCCGGCCCCUCCCACGAGACCCUCGGCCCAUUUCUAUCCUUUCGCAACCUCACCGGACAUUAUUCGCUCCCACGAAAAAGAUGCGUUCCUCACGGCCGGCCUAGCCAACCAGGCCCAAUCCAUCAUCCGAACGCUUCGUGGCGCCCGAUAUGCGCAUACUUAUUCAGAGGCCAUCAAACACCUAACCGAGCUUCUGUACUUCUCCCUCACGACAUUGACAGGGAACCGGACGCUAGGGGAAGAGUAUUGCGACCUUGUUCAAUUGGAAGAUGAUACACUGCAGUUGCCAUCAAUUGCCAGGCGGCUGGGAUACGUUCUGAGUAGUAUAAUGGUACCCUGGACGCUUCAGCGUAUCCUCCCCGGCUUUCGACAGCGCCUGCGCGCCAAACUGGAGCGCAGCAUUGCUCGGCAACAAAUGAAGGCACAACAGGGAAAAGAGCCCAUAAACUCCUCAAAGAACAAGCCAAAGCCAUCUUUCUUCACGAAGUUACGCAUCCAGAAAUACAUCUUGGAACAUUUAGAUUCAAUCACGUCCUUGUCGCCAAUAUACGCCCUGAGCAUUGCGACGUUCUAUUUUACAGGAUCCUAUUACCACUUGUCAAAACGUUUCUGGGGGCUCCGUUACGUUUUCACCAAGAAAUUAGAGGAGAAUGAACAACGUGUUGGUUACGAGGUGUUGGGAGUCUUACUAGUUCUGCAAAUCGCAGUCCAGAGUAUUCUCCACGUGAAAAAAGUUAGCGACAGCUUGCAGCAAGAGGACCAGGAUGUGCAAUCUGAAGCCGCUGGAGGUACCGGGAAAGAAGAUACCUUGGUCCGUUCGAUCGAGCAGCCGUCAUCUCUUCCUCUUCUCCCUGCUUCCAGCGCUAGAUAUGAUCUAUCGGAAGAACCGGAUGCUAUCCCGUGGAUUCCUCAGGGGCAGCAAAGCAAAUGCACGCUUUGCCUUGAGUCCUUCAAGGACCCAAGUGUUACAACAUGCGGGCAUGUGUUUUGCUGGACAUGCGUUUGCGAUUGGGUUCGCGAGAAGCCUGAAUGUCCCCUUUGCCGACAAGAGGUCCUUGCAUCGAAAGUACUCCCACUGCGAGGCUGAGUGAUUGCACCCUAGAGGGCGGAAAGCUUUGAUAACUGUACAAACAUUUGCAUCAUGAUCUCAUCUUCCCUGCAGCUUAAGAUAUUGAGCGGCGGUAUGCAUAUUGAUCACACGAGCUUUAGAUAUAUACCCGACUGUUUAUUGAGCAUUUAAUAUAUUAUGCGCACUAUUGAUCCCGUCUGAUAAUUAUUUUAUAAGAUGCAUAUUUACAAUAGCCGGGGCUCCAUAACGGAUCUCAGCCGUGGCACAAUCCAAUUGUACGUGCUAAAGACGUUUCUAAGGUUGGGCGCCAUGUUCCGUGCCGAAAACCCAUAACACGCCACUAGAUAGUAAGUAUGUACAAGAAUUAUCGGUGACAUACC